AUUGUAGCGCAAUAGCCAAGCGCAAGGGCUUCGCGGUAGUGUAGUUCCACCAAUCCCGUAGAGAUAGAGGUGUAGCAUGAGCACACUUCCUGGAUGCGGAGUAACCGCUUUGUCGUCGGAAUUUUAUUCAUUAUAAGCUGUCAAUUACAGGACAUUCUCCGAUAUUUGCUUCCCAUUGGCUGGUCGUGCGAGUCAACAAACAACAAAGAAAUUACAUCCGGCAUGAGAGUGCAGUGGUCUUUCUGCUGAGAGCCCGUUAUAACGCGUUUUACGCCUCCAGUUACGCUUAUAACAGCUUUUCCUGGUGAAGAAGAAACCUUUUUUUAUCUUUAAGAGUGAUCGUUAAACGUUUGGAGAUGAACGGAGACUGCGUGGACGCGCGGCGCGGGGAUACAACAGUUGCUGGUACUGAUGGGGCAUCUGGACUGCAGCCCAUGCAGGUGGAUGCUAAGCCUCAGUCACAUGUCUUCAGAUACAGCCUAAACUACCCCAACAUUGGGCACUGCAUCAUCAUCAACAACAAAAACUUUGAUCGCACGACAGGCAUGAACCAACGCAAUGGCACUGAUGUAGAUGCAGGAAACGUAAUGAAUGUUUUUCGAAAGCUUGGAUACACUGUGAAAGUUUACAAUGACCAGACAGUAGCGCAGAUUAAUCAGGUUUUAACAGCAGUUGCCCAUGACGACCACAGUCGCUGUGCUUCAUUUGUUUGUGUGAUGCUCAGUCAUGGAGAUGAGGGGGUGUUUUUUGGCACUGAUGGUUCUGUGGAAUUAAAGACCUUAACUAGCCUGUUCAGAGGAGACCGCUGCCCAUCACUAGUGGGAAAGCCUAAACUUUUCUUCAUACAGGCUUGUAGAGGUACAGGCCUGGAUCCUGGUGUGGAGACUGACAGCCAUAACAUCUCAGAUGGUCCAGUGAGGAUCCCUGUGGAGGCAGACUUCCUCUAUGCAUACUCUACAGUACCAGGUUACUACUCCUGGAGAAACACUAUGACCGGUUCAUGGUUCAUUCAGUCUCUCUGUGAAAUGAUGGCAAAGUAUGGCAACGAACUAGAGCUCAUGCAAAUAAUGACUAGGGUCAACCAUAAAGUGGCACUCGACUUUGAGUCGACCUCCAACAUGCCUGGCUUUGAUGCUAAAAAACAAAUUCCCUGCAUUGUCUCAAUGCUCACCAAAGAGAUGUACUUCACUGGUUAAAGGUACAAGGGAACUUUUAGAGCUUCUCCAGCUUUUCUCUGUAAAUGUCUCAGGUGUAGGAUAUAGAUUUAUGGGUUGAGCUUAAAAGUAUAAGACACUCUUUUCACAGGGAAACUUUUCACAGGAAAACCUUUUUUAGAUCCACUUAUUUACCAGAAGCAUUAGCUGGACAUGCAUAGUUUGGGAUUUCCCUUUCUCGGGACUGUUAUUAUAAAUGUAUUUUUGGCAUUUGAUGUGUUGUUUAUGAAAGUAGGUGCUCACUUUUUUUCCAUUAGCAUAUACCAUUAUGCUAAUUCACCUGGUUUUCUAAUCAAAAUAUAAUAAUAAUAAUAAUAAUAAUAAUAAAUAACAAUCACUAGUGGCAAGUCAUGUUGGGAUAAACUUGAUAAACUUUAAUAUGUUAUUGCACUAGUUUGAUGAAAUGGGAAUCAUAGGUGGGUGUUAAAUCAGUUAAAGCGGAUAGUGAGAUCCGAGAUUCCUCUUAAUCGAAGGGAAACCAGUGUGCCUAUUUUAAUGUGAAAAGCAAAGAAAAACAAUUAGAACUAUUCCAGGUACUUCUUACUGAACCAUGUUAACAGAUUUUGAUAAAACUUCUGAAAUGUCAUGUGUACUUUUCCACGGAGACAUAACUGCAUUAUAGACACACUUUGUUAAAUCAGGUUAAGCUGUGGACAGUAUCAGUGACAUCUGGUCCUCUGUCACAGAAAAAUGUGUACAUUUUGGUCUAAAAGUUGAAGUCUGUGGGGCAAACAACUGUCAGUACCAUCACUGUAAGUGCAUAAAUGUCAUCACAAUUUUUGUGGUAAUGGUCAGCAACUACCAUAGUGCUUCAUUUGAAUAUAACCUGGAAUGUUCUUUAAUUAGUCCAUUCAAUAUGAUGCUGAACAUAAGCACAUGCAUGUAGCAUUAGCAUCAGUCAACUGAAAUAAACACUCAUGUAGAAUUCAUGCAUGCAUUGUGUAUGUGAUGAUUUUCUGAUGUAUGCGUGCAUUAAGAAAUACUUUUUAUGUUUAUUCUACAAUCAUGAAUAUUUGCUUUUUCUGUAUGUAAUUAAACAGCUCUGUAGUGCA